AUGUCGGUCGUGAGCGCAGUACCAUUCAUGAGGCCGCUCCACAUGCGCUCCCCGGGGCCGCGGGGCCGCCGCCACACGCUGCCGGCCAGCGAGUUCCGCUCCCUGAGCCCGGAGGAUGCCAUCAGCGUGUUUGAGAUUGAGAGAGAAGCCUUCAUCUCAGUGUCCGGUGAGUGUCCUCUCUACCUGGACGAAGUGCGUCACUUCCUCACUCUGUGCCCUGAGCUGUCUCUUGGCUGGUUCGAGGAGGGACGUCUGGUGGCUUUCAUCAUUGGCUCACUGUGGGACCAGGAGAGGCUUACCACGGAUGCCCUCACUCUACAUAAGCCCCAUGGCACCACCGUCCACAUCCACGUCCUUGCUGUACACCGGACCUUCCGCCAGCAGGGCAAAGGCUCCAUCCUGAUGUGGCGCUACCUGCAGUACCUCCGCUGCCUCCCCUACGUCCGCCGCGCCGUGCUCAUGUGCGAAGACUUCCUGGUACCCUUCUACCGGAAGUCUGGUUUCAAGGUGCAGGGCCCUAGUGAGAUCACAGUGGGGCCCCUUGCCUUUAUUGAGAUGAUGUACCCAGUCAGGGGCCACGCCUUCAUGCGUCGUAACAGUGGUUGUUGAGGACAAGAGGACUUAAUGUGGAUUCUCCCUGGAAAUCAGCAGUGGUGGGACUACUCCCCUGAUGGAAACAUAAUCAAGGGAACGUCUGAGCAGCUUUGCUGUACGUGAUCGCCCAGCGCAGCAUUUGUGAUCGUCAUCUGACUUGUUCAGCAGGCGGUGAGGUGUGUUCUGACUGUGAGUCUGCAGACAGCCGAGAACAAAGAGCUGCUGUCCAGCUGCCAACAGCUUUUUGGAAAAGUGGUGGGAAGUUACAAGUACAUUAACCUGUAGUUCAAUGUGAGUAGAAAAAAAUCAUUAGACCAAAGUCCUGGAAGAAUGUAAGCACUUAAUUUAAAUCUUCUUUUUGUA